UACAGUUUUCGUUUGAUUGUUCUAAGCUUUCACUAUUAUAGCAGUUUAUAUAUUCGCAAGAAGGAACAUACAUACUCUAUUGCUUACCUUAUUAGUUCAGUGCAUGUGUGCGUUAUUUAUAGUUAAUCGGCGACAACAGAAAUAAAUAAAGAUAAUAAUAGGAGUAACAACAACAGGACGAGAAAAAGGGAAAUUAUAUUUCCCACUAAAAACGUGAGCCCUUUCCCCGUCGUGAUCCGAACGAGCCGAGUAGUCGACGAACAAUUCACGACCCUGCUGCUGUUUGGGAUGGUGCGUGUCUGGCUGAACAUGUGUGAGUGAACCUCAUGGUACUGUGCGGUGUUGCGACGCGGGCAAUUUUUUUUCUCAUAUCGAGAACAGACUGAGUGUGAUGGCUUUUGGUGUGCGAAUUUGUGCAGCACCGGAAAUCUAGUGUGAAUCAAUCGAAAGCAAAAGUGUAUCUACGACGCGCGCAGUGCAGUGCUCUGCUUCUGGUGUGGAGCUCUGCCUCACUCGUUGUUGGUAGUUAUUUCUGCUGGAUAUUGGAUUUAGAUUAUCUGCAGCCAUAGCAAUCUAGCUGACUUGGUACCGUAUAAACCGAAGCCUUCAAACUGUCAAUGUUGUUGAGGCGAGACUCGUUGAUUUUAUCAAUCGCUUAUCAACGUGGCUGAGGAAUUGUUAUUGCUACAACAGCGAAAAAAAAACCAAACUGGAUCAUAAACAAAGCGCAGUGUUAUGGAUUAAUCGCUAUUGGCUACCAUAGUGAUACAGUAAACUUUCAGUAAGCCACACAAACACACAUUCACUGACGACGUACGAGGCUACCUCCCGAGAGGAAGGGUGCACAGGGAAAAAACGUGGAAGUACUCUACAGAAGGAAGACGAAGAAGAAGCGGAACCUGCCCGAUCGGGAGACCUGGAGAGGAACUGCUGUCCUGUUCAAGACGAUGAGAAUACCGGCGCACACACAGCGAAAGAAGUUAUUUGAGUGAUAUCUUAACAAUUUUAUCUAUCAACCAGUUUGGGCUAUCGUGAUUUUGUUGUUGUUGGUGAUUUGAGUUAUUUUUUUUACUGUGUGGCAGAUGAAAAGUGUUGUUUGUUUGUACAGCUAGAACCAGGCCAGUGCGCGGUUAGAUGCCGAUGGUCGAUGAAAUAUGGCCCCAUUGUCCGAUGUCAUCGGUUGAAUGUGUUUAAUGUUACUGGAGAACCAACCCAUUCGGUUCCUUUUUGUUGUGCGGAAGAAAGUGAUCAUUGAUAGUUGUGUUUUCCUACUGCCAUUGAAAGUUGCCUGAAUUGUGUGCGCUCGAGCAACCCGUGUGCCAACACCGAAAGGGUUGACCCUGUGCGAUUUAAGCAGAAACGCCCGAUAUUACGACAAAAUAGGAGAAAUAAAAUCGAUCCACUAUGUGUAAUGUACCGCCCAAGUUUUACAAAUUGUGCCGCCUGUGCUUGACCAGUAUCACCGAUUGUGAGCUGAACGAGUCCACUGUUCUGGUCGGAUCUGGCCGACAACAGCAGCAACAUGAUAAAGGCUCCCGAAAGCGUCAACAGAAUGGCUCCACUGCUCCAGGUUCCAGCUCGUUGUUGGACCACCAGAAUUCAGUCAUCGUCGAUGCAACCGAUGCAGGUGAUGAUGCUGGUGACGGUGGUGGUGGUGGCGGCGGUGGAGGUACCGGUGGCGGAAAUAGUUUCGGUAAUGCUUUGAGAAACCUUUCUCACAUGCGUCACCAUAACAGUGGAACCGGAACCGAGCCCGGAAGUGGUGCCGGUGUGGCCAGUAGUAGCGGCAGCAGUACCAGCAGCUCAAGCUCUAGUUCCAGCUCGAGCUCCAGUAACAGUAGCUCCAGCGAAGACGACGAUGCCACCGCUGAUGACGAUUACGACGAUGAUGAUGAUUUCUUCGACGGGACCGAUGGUUCCAAUGUGGAUCUGGCCAAGCGGAUACGGACGUGUCUAGCGAUCAAGAUCACCCCAAAAGACGGUCUUCCCGCAGUGGUGUGUAGUUCCUGCCGGGACCAGCUGGAGACCUGCCACCGGUUCCGACGAGUGGCGCACAAGACGCAAAAGUCGCUCCAGAGCUUCCUCAGCUACGCCGCCAAACUGAGCGGAAGUUCACAGGAAAUCCUCUCGCAAUCUUCCGAGAAGCUAGAACACCUGAUCGCCUCCUCACCCGCUUCGUUAGCCGCGAAAGCUUCCGCCGAGCAGGAUGCGAUAGCUGCGUUGCAGGCCCUACGCAACAAUAACAAUCAUACAAAAUCAGUUACCUCAGUACUUAGUAAAACGCAUCUACAAAACCUGGAAGCAAAUUCAGUAUCUGUGAUCCCGAUUGAGAGUAUGAAAAUUUCGUCCUCCAAUCAGCAACAACAACAGCAGCAGCAGCAACAGCCGUCGAUAAUUCACCAAACGAUACACCUGCAUCCAACACAGCUUCAACACCAUCAGCAACAGCAGCAGCAUCAACCAAAACAGCCACUGAUACAGGUUAAGAACCUUACCCAGCUCCAGCAGGAACAUCUCGAAACCGCAGCGGUAUUAAUGGACAUUAGUAAAAAAGUGAUAAUCUCGCCACCCAGUUCGAAUCCCCAGUCGCCCAGUUUAAUUGCCGAACAGCAGCAGCAGCAACAACAAAAGCAACAACAAUUGCAACAGUCGCAUCAGUAUCAAACCAUCAACAAUAACAAUCAGCCACAACUACAAAGUAUUAAAUCGUCUGUGAUAAAGCCUCACGAGUUUCUCCUGAAUAACCUGAAACGGUCACCCAGUAGCGAAGAGAUGGAUCUCACAAUGAAACGCCUGAAGGUUGAACCGAACAUCCUUUCGCCAACGCUGCCCGCCACGACUCUGGUCAAGAAGAACGUAAUAAAACGCGAAAGUCUUCCGGAUAUAAUCGGUGACGAUCAGGCCAGCCAGCACAGUGACAGUGCCGACAGUAGCGAUUCGGGACGGCUUCAGAUGGAUAUUUCCUCGCAGGAUGCUGGUUCGGAAUGUACGACGGAUGAGAUCAAACGGUCGAACAACAAUAACAACAACAACAACAAUCAUCAUCAUCAUCACCACCAUCACCAACAGCACCAUCAGAGCAAUCAGAUUGAUCACAUGGGGCGCGAAACGCCGGAUAGCCUGAAUUCGAUUGAAGAUCAGCAACAUCUACAGCAGGUUCAGGUUCACCUGGGGCAACAGUUUGGAGCGUUAGCUGACGGUACAGAUCCAGCGACCACCCAGUUAUGGCAGGCUUUGGCGCAAAAUACAAAUCUUAUAAACGGUGCUGGCAAUGAAGCGACUCAACUCCUCCGCAAGAUGAUUAACGCACGGGCACUAGGACUUCAAUUUUCGCCGUCCAUUCAAAUCACCCCUGGUGUGUCACUGAUGAAGGCUGAAGCAAACCGUAGUAAUGCUCAAGGCCGCCGUAAACAGUCUUGCCCAAGUCGAACACCGGUUGAAGGAAAUUCUCCAAACACUACGAUGGAAGCCCUCAAACUAACAGCUUCGGGUAAGGCUGGUGGUGCAAUGACUGUAGUUACUAGCAAUAGCAGCGGUAGUCCGGUUCAUCUGGAUGCGGUCAGUCACAUGAACCGUGCCAACUCGACCAACAUUCUGUUUCGAACGAAAUCGGAUGUUUCUCCCCAAGCAGGUCUUCUGCCGGGGUCCAUUGAACAGAACAGUGGAGCUGCCAGUCCUCAGCUAAUGACGGGCAAAAAUACCGCAGCUCAACUAGCCGCUCAACAGUUAACCCAGCAAUCACAGGCCCAACAACAGCAGCAAGGGCAGCAACAAGCUCAGAAUCAACAGCCAAACUCCCAACAGAAGGACAUGUCUUGUACGAAUUGCGGUACAACGACUACGACCAUUUGGCGACGAAAUAUCCGUGGUGAGAUGGUUUGCAAUGCCUGUGGGUUGUACUUCAAGUUGCACGGUGUAAACCGACCGCACACCAUGCGACGAGAUACCAUUCAUACGCGACGACGUCGUCCGAAGGGAGAUAAAUCUACUCGAAGGAAAUCAAUCAAACAAGAGAGCAGUGAACCCAUGGACAACGGAGUGUUAGAGGGGGCGGCCGAUUUGCAGGCCCUACAGAAUCAUAACCUUUUGAUUGCCUUGCGAGAUGCAGCCCGUGCAACGCCACCCAACUUUCCCAUGCCACCUGCCUUCCAGCACUAUCUGCGGGUAACGCAGAACUUCGAUCCAACCGUAACCGUCAUGGAACCUGGUGACGAUAGCGGUCCUGAGAAUGAUAUUGACUCGUGUAACCUCCCGCUGAACCUGGUCGCCACUCAACUCGGUAGCGAUUCAUCGCAACACUGACUGCGUCGAAAGCCCGGGAAGGUUAGCUAGGGUAAGCGCAAACCACCGCCGAGGAAACGUCGCCGAAGAAAGAAAGGCAAACGUAAAAGCAGUGGAAACAAUCAACGUCAACCCUGAGAGAAUCUGCCCCAAAACUAAUACAAUCUUUCUUGAGAUUUUUUAUUGUUUUAACUGCGGCGAAGGUAGUAUGCACGAACUACUGUUUGCCGUACUACCAGCUACUACUACUACUACUACUACUACGACUACUACUAAAAGUAACACUAAUCUACUACAAACUAUUGUUUCAAUCAGUACUAUUAUUGCUAUCACUACAACAGCAAGCAGAAAUCCAGCCAGCAAACAAAGCCGUAAUAAAUCUUGAUUAUUACUAUAGAAAGUACAGAACACGGCAAAAGCAUCUCUACAAUUCUUAUCAACAUUGGACUUGAUAGUGACAGAAAGCAAAAAAUUCUAAAUCUCUAAGAACGUGGUGUUUGUUCUGACAGAAACACGAAUACUCAGUAUGAACGAACAGAACAAUCGUUACUCAAUUUAAGGUGCAUAAAUGAUUGGGUGGCAAAGGAAAUACUCUUAGUUUUUUUAAAUAUAUGCAUAAUGUGUGGAUCUUGUAAAAAAAAAGAUCAUUAGAAUCAUAGCGUUGAAGGUUGUUCAAACCUUUACAUAUUAGAGCAGCUACAAACACCCUAAAGCAAUAAUAAUAAUCCGCGAAAGAAAUAUUGAACACAGUUUCUAGAACAGUACAGUUAUACCGCUUUAAGCAGAGACAGAGCACUGAUAAUAUUCGCUGAAUAUUCGCAAGAUAUUAUUCGAGUAAGCGACAAAAAAAACUAUGAAAUAUCAAACAUUGAAAAUAAUUCACGAUCGAAGAUUUUUUCAGACAUGAUUGAUAUUGUAAGGUUCAGUGUCUGUUUGUGGAAAUCAAAAUUUUAAAUUUUGACGUUGAACAUCUUCAGAACCAUUAAUUUUAACUCAUCAAUUGUUGUGGAUUUUCGGAAACAUAAAUUUUGCCUAAGCAUUACACAGAAUGAAUACAAAUUCAAGCACUGGAAGAACAGAACACAAAACGGAAAAUAUGUGAUAAACAUUGUUGGUUGAUAUACUUAAAGGUUGCUAGCAGGAGAAAUGAAAAACGAUAAAAGCUAGACUUCAGCGGAAGUCAAUAAACACAGCGAGUAAGGUAACAAAUCAAAAUUAAUUUGUAGAGAUGCAAAACAAAAAAAAAAGAAAGUACAGCCAAACACAACUGUUUAAACUGUAAAUACUCAACCCAUUCUUCCUGCUAUGCCUAGAAAUUCUGUUAUCACGUGGUGAGAAGGGAAUUAAAAAUGUCAAUGCCUAGAAACCACAAGCUUAACUUAUAGUUGAGAAGUUUUUAAACUGUCCGAAUGAGAAGUUUUAGUUGUACACUAAAUUCCGCUUCUGCUUGUAGCAGAAGACAAUAUUGACGCGAAGAAAUGUUUGUUUUCGCUUAACGAUCUACUUAACGAUACUUGAACAGUGUGCACGUGAUCAAUGGUUAUUAGUCACAAUACUUAAUUUUCAUACCGAUAGGUUGCGUUCCUUUUUCAGCUAAUAUUCGCAAGGAAACUAGCUCUCUUAUUGAAACCUAAAAUCCAUCCAAACUAAUCUGACUUAAUGUAUGAUUUUCGUCUAAAAAAUAGUGCUCGAAUAAUUAUUUUUUUAUAAAGAGAAAGAAACAAAACGAAACACAAAUGUACAGUAUUACACCCUAAAUUCACACCCCGUCUAAUUUCAUGCAUCCGUCCUGUGCGCCUCCCCGAAAGAUUUCAUUUUCAGCAAAGAUAACAUUCUCAUACAUCGAACGUCAAAUAGGGGUUGAUCAUUGCCAAACCAGCAGCCAGUGAUUCGAAUCGAAACAAGCAGCAUAAAUGAACAAUUCAAAUCUAGUCAUUUCAACAAUUAUCCUGUAUCGAGCAGUACGCCGCAAAAUCUGUUCUCCCGAGCACUAUUCUAGCUUAUUUUCAGUACUUAGAAAAUCCCUUCGCAGCUCCCGCGCGAAUGCUAAUCAUGACAACCUCCGCCGAUUCAACUCGCUUAGAUAGAAGGCCUAGUUUCGGAUCGGAUACUGUAAUCACGAGAUCUAGACAGACCCAGACUGGGGUUCACCCAGUCCAGCGGCUACCCAAAAUCAAAAGUGAAUACAUUAAUUAGAUUGAGCAAGAGAAAAAAAAGAACUACGUGCUGUAUACCAGUUGUUUACCAGUUUAGUUUGUAAGAGCCCCUGUUCCCAAACAUAAGAUAUAAGAAGGACUAAUUUCGCUAGCAUUAAGUUUUCGCUUCCAUCCUUUCCUCUAACUGUUACUACUAACUUUAAGUGUGCUAUUUUAAAAUUUUACGUAUAAGGCUUUGUGAGUCGCUGAGAUCUGAUUUGGGAGCUGGAGAAAACACGAAACAAUAAGCAAUUUGUUUUAAAUUUUUCAAUACGAACAACUCAAAGCUGGAAACAACAACAACAACAAA